CAAGGACCGUCACCUACACUGUUUCCGACUCAAGGCAGCAUGGACAUCGCCACAGCAAUUUUAAUAAUUGGCUUUGCUGCGCUCGUCGCUGCCUUCCUCCUCCUGGUAAUUGGCCUUGUAUACUCGGAGCUGAUGAAUUCAGACAUUCCUCCUGGGGUUGCAAAUCCUUGGAAACUGCAUGUAGUUCAUGGCUUGUUGGUUGGCAUAGCGAUUGUGGGCCGGAUCCUGGAGCGUCUGGGUCUGUGUUCCCAGAUCGGCAUCACGCGGUUGGUCAGGGCCUUCCUCCUGGUCCGGAUCAAGCCGGUUCCCCCCGGGCUGCGUGUGAAGGAUGGCAGGUUCUCAGGGGUGCCGAUCAGGGUGUAUGAGCCCACGGGGGCCUGGGAGGGCCUGGGCAGGGCUCUGGUCUACUUCCACGGGGGAGGCUGGGUGACCGGAAGCAUAGAUAUCGUCGACGAUAUUUGCAGGCGCAUCGCCAAGGAGUCCCAGACCACGGUGGUGUCUGUCGGGUACCGCCUGGCCCCCGAACACAGGUACCCCGCACAGCUGGAUGACUGCGAGGCCGCAACGUGUCACUUCCUGUCUGUGGCUGAGGCGGAGUUCGGCGUGGACCCGGCCAGAGUGGCGGUCGGCGGCGACAGUGCUGGAGCAAACCUGGCAGCCGCGCUGUGCCAGCGCCUGGCGAAGAGGACGUCUGGACAUCUGCCCUCUCCCUGUGCCCAGGUCCUGAUCUACCCAGCUCUGCAGAUGGCGGAUUUCAGCCUGCCCUCGUACCAGCAGAACCACGCCGUGCCCAUAUUGUUCCGUGGCAGGGUGGCGUUCUACUUCCUGCAGUACCUCAACGGUGACAUGUCUCGGUGCCAGGAUGUGCUGGACGGCGUGCAUGUGCCCCUGGAGCUCAGGCAGAGGUACCAGGAGUGGCUCUCCCCGGCCAACCUGCCCCCUGCCUGCCUGGCGAGGGGCUACCGGGAUCCCCCCACCCACGACUUCGAUGGAGAGGUGUACCACGCCGUCAAGGCGGGUCUGGACCCUGAGGUGUCGCCCUUGUUGGCCGACGAUGACGACCUUCGCCUGGCUCCGCCCACGUUCGUCCUGACCUGCGAGUUUGACGUCCUGAGGGAUGAUGGGAUACUUUACAGGAAGAGGCUGCGUGACCUGGGAUUGGCUGUCACCUGGCACCAUGUGACAGACGGUUUCCAUGGUAUUGUUAACUUUAUGAACCAGGGUUGGCUCAGCUUUGCUUCAGCAACACAGGCUGUGGAUAGUGUUGUGAAUUAUGUCAAAACUCUCUAAAAUGAACUGGUUCUGCCAUGGUUUCUAAUAUGUGGGUUUCUUUAGGAAACAUUAAUUGAUAUCAACAUUCAUUUUGAUGUU